AUGGCACUUCCUAAACACAGAUUCUUAAUGUGGUUGGCUGUCCAGGAAAGACUACUUACACAUGAGAGAAAGUUGAGGUUACAGAUUCAGGUUGAUGAUACUGCAUGUUGUUUAUGUGCUGAGAAAGUAAUGGAGACUAAUGUUCACUUAUUUGAGAAAUGCAAAUGGAUAUCAACUGUGUGGCAAGCAAUGAAUCAUUGGACUGAAGUGUCUAUGCAUAAUAUAGGUAUAAUGAAAGUUCUGGAAUGUAUAGACGGGAAACACUGGAAGCUAUUUCAAAAAGAGAUCAUGGCAGCGAUAUGUGGAGCUAUCAUUUAUCACACUUGGCGUGCCAGAAAUUGGAGGCGAUACAAAGGCAAAUGUGUACAGACGGAUGAGGCAAUUGCACAUAUAAAGAGGAAAUCAGAGAAAGGUUACAGUUACUUAGUAGUUCCAAGAAAGCAAUGA